AUGUCUUUAAUCGUGGUUGUGUCUUUAUUUGUAACAUCUUCAAUUAUUUUUGCCGUGUUUUACCCUAGGGAUACGACCCGUGAUGACAUAUUGUGUGAAGUAAGACUUAAUCUUACUUGUAUCUGUUGUGUUGUUAAUAGUGUUGUUGUUUACUAA